AUGACCAAAGGGGAAAUGGAGUCGGUUGAAGUGUUCACGUCUGAAGGCAAAGGCAGGGGCUUGAAAGCCCAGAAGGAAUUCCUGCCUGGGGAUGUCAUCUUUGCGGAGCCAGCCUAUGCAGCCGUGGUGUUUGAUAGCCUGACGCACGUCAUCUGUCAUACCUGCUUCAAGAGGCAGGAGAGGCUCCACCGCUGCGGCCAGUGCAAGUUUGCCCACUACUGCGACCGGACCUGCCAGAGGGUGGCUUGGCUCAACCACAAAAAUGAGUGCUCAGCCAUCAAGAAGCACGGCAAGGCACCCACCGAGAACAUCAGGCUGGCUGCCCGCAUCAUGUGGAAGAUAGAGAGGGAAGGCAGCGGGCUGUCAGAGGGCUGCCUGGUCUCCAUUGAUGACCUGCAGAACCACGUGGACAACUUUGGAGAGGAGGAGAAGAAGGAGCUCCAUGCUGAUGUGCAGAGCUUCCUCGAGUUUUGGCCACCCCAGAGCCAGCAGUUCGGCAUGCAGUACAUCUCCCACGUGUUUGGAGUGAUCAGCUGCAACGGCUUUACUCUUAGUGACCAAAGAGGACUGCAGGCUGUUGGAGUGGGAAUCUUCCCCAACCUCUGCCAGGUCAACCAUGACUGCUGGCCCAACUGUACCGUCAUCUUCAACAAUGGCAAUCAUGAGGCUGUAAGAUCAAUGUUCCACACACAGAUGAGGAUCGAGCUGCGGGCACUGAGCAAGAUUUCUCCAGGGACUGAGCUGUCUGUUUCCUAUGUGGAUUUCCUCAACGUGAGCGAGGAGCGGCGGAAGCAGCUCAAGAAGCAGUAUUACUUCGACUGCUCCUGUGAGCACUGCAAGAAGCAGAUCAAGGAUGACUUGAUGCUGGCGGUGAAGCAGGGGGAAAGCAAGCCCUCUGCAGAGACAGUGAAGGAGGUAGUCCAGUUCUCCAAGGACACGCUGGAGAAGAUCAACAAGGCCCGCAUGGAGGGUCUUUACCACGAGGUUGUGAAGAUGUGCCGCGAGUGCCUGAAGAAACAGGAGCCUGUGCUGGGGGACACGAACAUCUACCUCCUGAGGAUCCUCAGCAUUGCCUCUGAGGUGCUCUCCUACCUCCAGAUGUUUGAGGAAGCAGCUCACUAUGCCAAGAAGAUGGUGGAUGGCUACAUGAAAAUAUACCAUCCCAACAACGCACAGCUGGGGAUGGCCGUGAUGCGGGCCGGAGUCACUCACUGGCAUGCUGGCCUCAUUGAGGCUGGGCAUGGCUUGAUCUGUAAAGCCUAUGCCAUUCUCCUGAUAACCCAUGGACCUUCCCACCCAAUUACCAAAGACCUGGAGGUCAUGCGUGUCCAGACGGAGAUGGAGCUGCGCAUGUUCCAGCAGAAUGAGUUCAUGUACUACAAGAUGAGGGAAGCUGCCCUCAAAAACCAAAAGAUUCAAGUCAUGCCUGAACCCAGCAAUGAGACCUCACCAGGCCUCUUCCACAAGAAGGAAUAAACCCUGAGCUUGACACACAUUCAUGCCUGUGACAUAACACCACCUGCUGCACCUCUGAUCAUUGGGAAUGUUAUAUGUGAUAUAUCCACAAGGAUCAUUUCCAGUGGCACCAAUCUGACAGCAUGGGCUGCUGGGGGAGAGUCCUGAAACAUCUUCUAAGGGCUCAAAGCAGAAGAGGUCUUGACGGAAACAACAUCCUUUUUUUACCACUAGCAUUAAAAAUCAAAGCAAA